GCUCCGACUGCAUGAAGAAAAAGUCAUUAAAGAUCGGCGACACCACCUCAAGACGUACCCGAACUGCUUUGUUGCCAAAGAGCUGAUCGACUGGCUGAUUGACCAUAAGGAGGCCUCUGACCGAGAGACGGCAAUUAAACUGGUGCAGAAAUUACUGGAUCACAGCAUUAUCCACCAUGUCUGUGAUGAGCAUAAGGAAUUCAAGGAUGUCAAACUGUUCUAUCGCUUCCGAAAAGACGACGGGACAUUUCCACUGGACAAUGAGGUGAAGGUGUUCAUGAGAGGACAAAGACUGUAUGAAAAGCUGAUGAGUUCUGAAAAUACUCUUCUGCAAGCCAGGGAAGAGGAAGGAGUCAAGUACGAACGGACCUUCGUGGCAUCAGAGUUCAUUGACUGGCUGAUUCAGGAAGGAGAGGCCACGACACGGACUGAAGCAGAGCAGCUCGGCCGCAGACUUUUGGAGCAUGGGAUUAUACAGCAUGUGUCCAACAAGCAUCAUUUUAUGGACAGCAACUUGCUCUACCAGUGCAGAAUGAAUUUCCGCCGCCGGCGGCGAUUAAUGGAGCUCCUCACUGAGAAAUCUCGCUUGAUGCCAGAAAGCCACGACAGCCCGUUUUGCCUGCGCAAACAGAACCAUGACAACAGAAAACACACCAGUUUUCUCUCAGUGAGUCCCACCAAGGAGAUCAAGAUCGUGUCAGCAGUACGGAGGAGCAGCAUGAGUAGCUGUGGCAGUAGUGGGUACUUCAGCAGUAGCCCAACGCUCAGCAGCAGUCCCCCAGUGCUCUGCAACCCUAAAUCUGUAUUAAAGAGGCCUGUGACUGCUGAUGAGCUCUUGAUGCCUGGAGCCCCAUAUGUCAGAAAAACUUUUACGAUUGUAGGCGACGCGGUGGGCUGGGGCUUCGUGGUGCGGGGCAGCAAGCCCUGCCACAUCCAGGCUGUGGACCCCAGCGGGCCGGCAGCUGCAGCUGGCAUGAAGGUUUGCCAAUUUGUUGUAUCUGUCAAUGGCCUCAAUGUUCUCCAUGUGGAUUACAGGACAGUGAGCAACCUCAUUCUGACUGGCCCUCGAACAAUUGUGAUGGAAGUCAUGGAAGAAAUAGAAUCCUGAGAAGGAAAAAAACUCUUCGUGGACAUUUUUGUGAGACGAAUGGAGUGGCAACCAUGGAGCAGCAUGACACAAGGAGGCAGAACGUUGCUGUGUCUAAAUAGAUGAUUUUGCUUUUAGGGGAGGGGGGCUCUCUUUCAUUUAACAAUAAUAGCACUGGUGAUUAUGCUAAGAAGUGAACAAUAGAUACCAGCAUAUUUUCACUUUUUUUUGCCUGAUGGAGACAAGGUUAAGGCCUUUAGGUUGUCGGUCCAGCCAUGCCUGCAUCGGUCAGAAUGGUUUCCUACCCAAAGAGGCCAUGCAGAUUUCAUCACAGUCCAUCACUGGAUCAAAGCGCUUCAGGAGAUGAAAGAACCAAACACUGUGGGGUCAGGAUGACACAGAUAGUCUGCAUGACGUUUACGUUGGUAAACAUCAUC